AAUGGCACGAGCACUGUUGAAUGGAGAGGGUUAUUUUUGGUGUCCGCUCGCCGGCCAUUGUGCUCACAACUACCGUGUCUCCCUCGUGUAGACGGAUAGAUCUCGUGGUUGGCUCCACAUGGCUACCUACCUAGCCAGCCAGCCAGCCAGCCAGCCAGCCAGCUAGCUAGCUAGCUAGCUAGCCAACGGUCCAACCAAACGUGCUAGCCUGCAUUAGCCACAGGAUGAACACUGCUCCCGGAUAGUUGUGUGCCGGCUGACGGCUUGUUUUUCAAAUAUCGUCUGUCGUAAACCAGAAGUUGCAGUUCUAUGUGUAUUUGUGGCUACCACGACAGGUCGCAGGUCUUACAACGUAAUAUGUGUCACACAGUCACACAUUAUAUAUACAUUUGGGCCUUAGCUACAACCAAUCUGUGUAGUGUUGCUGCCACGGACAGGAGGACAGUUAGUUGCAGGCAGCUCUGACGUUUUGGGAGUCAGGUCAGGUGGGUCCAGGUGCAUUUGGUAAACUGUGAGAGCUUGUAACGUCAUCACAUGAUAAGUCAUGAUUGUCAAAUAACUUUUUUCAGUUUUACUCGCAGGGAUUACCAUAAUAGUCAGCAGCUCUGAGUUGUGAUUAAACGACACUGGUACAGCUGCAACAGUCUGUUAUAGCAUCAGAGUAUGGGCAGUGUGUUGGCUGCCGCCUCCCCCAGUCCAGCUCCAGCUGCAUCAUCUGCGGCUGGAGCUGGUCAAGGGGUCCCGGGAUUGGUGUCCGUCCCUCCAGGGUUCACCAUGCCCUCAGUGUCUUCUGUCCCUCCGACAUCGGGAUCUGGCCAGCAGACGUCGGAGGCCGACUCCCCACUCCCGAACCCAGGCACAUAUGAGGAGUGCCACCGCAAAUGUAAAGAGGUGUUCCCUCUGCAGAUGGAAGGGGUGCGGUUACUGGUCAACAAGGGCCUGAGUAACCACUUCCAGGUCAGCCACACCAUUACCCUCAGUACCCAGGCUGAUUCUGGUUAUCGAUUUGGUUCCACCUACGUAGGCAGUAAACAGAUUGGACCCGCAGAGUCAUUCCCAGUCAUGGUUGGAGAUAUGGACAAUACUGGCAGUCUCAAUGCCCAGAUCAUCCACCAGCUUACAACUGCUGUGCGCUCCAAAAUAGCCCUCCAGACUCAGCAGCAUAAGUUUGUGAAUUGGCAGUGUGACUUGGAGUAUCGGGGUGAAGACUUCACCUCUGCUGUGACGUUUGGAAAUCCAGACGUGCUUGUUGGAUCUGGCAUUUUGGUGACCCACUAUCUCCAGUCUAUCACACCAGCGUUGGCCCUUGGUGGUGAGCUAGUGUACCACAGAAGACCAGGGGAAGAGGGAACCGUCACCUCCCUGUUGGGUAGAUACACAGGUGAAAACUUCAUUGCUACUUUGACUUUGGGAGGUGCAGGAGCUCAUGCUACAUACUAUCACAAAGCCAACGACCAGCUGCAGAUAGGAGUUGAAUUUGAAGCCAGCACGAGGAUGCAAGACACCACAACGUCCUUUGGUUACCAGCUGGACCUUCCCAAAGCUAACCUCCUCUUUAAAGGUACAGUUGACAGUAAUUGGGUAGUAGGGGCGACCCUUGAAAAGAAACUGGUGCCCCUGCCUCUCACACUGGCUCUCGGGGCUUUCCUUAACCAUCGCAAGAACAAGUUCCAGUGUGGUUUUGGUGUCACCAUUGGCUAGAGUUGCGGGGCUUGUCUGGAGCAUCUCGCACAGCUUGGACCAGCACAGAGACACACAGGAACCUUCACUAAGUUUUAGAAAUUGGAUUCAGAGACUCUCUUACUGUACAACUGAUUUCUGGGACAGAGAGAGACAAAGACAACUACCAAGGAGCCAGGACUGGCCAAGCCAUGCCUACACACUGUAGCACAAAUGUCUUUCCUUUAUGGUGUAUUGGAUAUACCCACAAGUUAGAGAGAUGUACGUCAGUGGACAUCAGGUGAUGCAUGAGAACAUGUGAUGUGAAAAUCAAAGUAAGUGGUUAAGUAUAAUAUAUGGUGAUGAUUAUGGAGGAUUGAAAUAAAUGUGAUUACGUUUUUGUAAAACUA